AUGUUCAAUCUCCGGGUGCUUUGCCGAGAUCAUCCGCAACGGACACUUGCUCUGAAGACGUCCAGCUAUGUCUUGAUUUUCCACUACACCGCCGCCGGGGCGGGAGCCAAGACCGCACCACGCUGUCAGGUUGAAUUCUCGGAUGUUUCAACCGUGGAUCUUGAGGGCUAUCGGUCCUUGGGGGCUGGACAUGGCACGCUUGGAAUGAUCACGCUAGGUGAAGAUGUCUUCGUUUGCGUGGUUACGGGUUCUUCACAGGCCGCCACCGUAAGGCCAGGGGAAUCUGUGUCGAGGAUCGACAACGUAGACUUCUAUUGCCUCAACCGUUCUGAAUACGAAUCUGGCCUGGACUACGAGACCAACGCCCAGUUCGCGGCCGAAGAAAGACCCGGAGUGGAUGGCAGAGAGAUGGUGACCGACCAUCCAUUUCUGGCCCUCAAGAAACUGCUUGGAGAUGGAAGUUUCUAUUACAGUCUGGAUUUCAACCUCACUGAUCGUCUGCAAGACCGAUCGGAUAAGUCAGCAGCUUUCGACGUCGACUCGCUAGACGAGGACAUGCUUUGGAACUCCUACAUGAUUCACCCUCUGCUUUUGUUUCGCAGCCACUUGCCGCCUUCCGAAAAGGGCCAUCUCGACGCGUCCCAGCUGUUGACGUGUGUGAUCAGAGGGUAUGCCAGUACCUUAAAGAUUCCGGCGACAAUACCGAUACUUCCCCACGUGCGGACCAAUUUUCCUUCUAUGUUGACGAUUAUCUCUCGACAAUCGUCUCGACGUGCCGGCACGAGAUUCAACUCCCGUGGAAUCGACGACGACGGGAAUGUGGCCAACUUCGUAGAGACCGAGGUCAUCUUUUGGGUUGCCCCGGGCAUUGCUUUUUCCUACGUGCAAAUCCGUGGCUCGCUUCCUAUCUUCUGGGAACAAACACCGGGUCUAAUCCCUGGGCAACAAAAAAUCGAAAUCACGCGGUCUAGCGAGGCGACCCAACAUGCAUUCAAUCAGCAUUUUGAAACCCUCGAGUUGGCCUAUGGGGCAGUACAUGUGGUCAAUCUCCUCAGCGAGCUUCGAUCGGGAGAAGCAGAGCUGUCGGCCAAAUUCCGACAGCAUAUUGUCCGUAGCUCGGUCCGGCAGAAGGAGGGAUCCGAAAAAGCUGCGCAUCAUAGUCUUUUGCGAAUGACAGAAUACGACUUCCUUGCAGAGACACGCGGUCCAUCUGGCUAUGAGGCAAGCAGCCAAAUUAAAUAUGAGCUGGCGGACUCACUAGAUGGAUUUGCGUACUUUCUCUCUGAGGACGCCACACGCCCUACCGGGUCUGUUCACAACGGCGAAGGCACCCUGAGUGCCUCUUCUGUCAUUCUGCAGCAAGAGGGCGUUUUCCGAACCAAUUGCUUGGACUGUCUGGACCGGACAAACCUCGUUCAGACUAUCAUCAGCGCAAUGGCUCUGGAAUCGUUCCUUUCCCAGCAGGGUGGCAGGCUUAGCUCGGAGCUCCAGAUGCGGCAUUCUACUAUUUGGGCCGACAAUGGCGAUGCGCUCUCGAAAAUAUAUGCAGGCACCGGAGCUCUCAAGUCUUCUUUUACACGCCAUGGGAAAAUGUCUCUUGCUGGAGCACUCGCUGACGCCCGGAAAAGCGCCACUCGGUUGUAUGUCAACAAUUUCACGGACAAGGCCAGACAGAAGACAAUCGACCUUCUAUUGGGUCGUCUGGCAAAUCAAAUACCGGUACACCUAUAUGAUCCGAUGAAUGAUCUGGUCACCGAAGAAUUGAAUCGGCGGGCUUCAGAGUACUCGUCCACCAAACAUGUCCGAUUGUGGGUUGGUACAUUCAACGUUAAUGGCCGCGAUGCAAGACCGGGCUCCGAUCUUUCGCCUUGGUUAUUUCCCCCUGAAGACCAGUCCCGUGAAGAUCCCACCAUCUUCGCCGUUGGGUUCCAAGAAAUCGUGGAUCUAAGCCCUCAGCAAAUCAUGUCAACAGACCCGGGCACACGCAAGGUUUGGGAGAAAGCCGUCCAAGGCUGUUUGAACAGACGCUCAGCAGAGAAGGGAACCGGCAAAUACGUUUUGCUCAGGAGCGGACAGCUGGUUGGAGCCGCCUUGCUGAUCUAUGUAAAAGCGGACGCGCUGAAGGAUAUCAAGAAUGUGGAAGGGGCUGUUAAGAAGGCAAGUUCUGUCCGACAGCUGACUGGACUAUCCGGGAUUGCUGGGAACAAGGGUGGCUGCGCCAUUCGUUUUGAGCUCUCAAACACGAGUAUAUGCUUUGUAACAGCACAUCUGGCAGCUGGAUUCGCAAAUUACGACGAGAGAAACAGGGACUACGAGACAAUCGAUCGAGGAUUGCGAUUCCAGAAGAAUCGAUCAAUUGCUGAUCACGACACGGUAGUCUGGCUCGGAGAUUUUAAUUACCGCAUCGGCUUGGGCAAUCAGAUCGUGAGAGACCUUGUGUUGCAGCGUGACUAUCAGAAGCUCUACGACAAUGAUCAGUUGAAUCUGCAAAUGAUUGCUGGGAGAGCCUUCCAAUUCUUUUCAGAAGGACCUAUUGGGUUUGCACCCACAUACAAAUAUGAUAUUGGAACAGAUCACUAUGAUACUUCCGAGAAAGCUCGAAUCCCUGCAUGGUGUGACCGCGUGUUGUGGCGCGGAGCCAAUAUGCGCCAAACGCAAUAUAAUGUGGCCGACUUGAGGGUGUCAGAUCAUCGCCCAGUGUUCGCAACCUUCGACUGUCUGGUAGAGGUGAUCGAUCAUGGGCUGAAGGAUAACCUGAGACGGUUACUUUACGAACAAAAGCAACGGGAUGCUCUCCCCGAAUCGGUCCACCUUUUGGAUUUGGACGAUGAGGACAAUAUGCCGCAGGACUCUAUUGCUCCGGGCCUCCCGCCAGCAAGCUCUGACCGAAGUAAAUGGUGGUUGGAUAAUGGUGCGCCUGUCAAGGCAACGGUGAGACCGCCUCGGGAAGGACUUGUUGCAAAUGUCCAACGCAACUCCAAUCCAUUUUCCUCUGAUGCCGAGCCUGAUUGGGUAGCGAGCUCUGUAUCAAAAGGCAAGAGCUCUCGAAUGGACCGAAAGCCAGCGCCUCCGAAACAAAGAACCUUUGGCGAGGGAUCGCCUGCAGAGAGGCAGCCCGGAGGUAAUGGAGGGUCGACAGUCCCCCGGUCGCCGCCGGCUAUUCCUCGAAAGCCCAUCUCUUUGAGCUCCCAAUCGAUGCAUCGUGCGCCCGUUGCGGACUCUCAGACUGAUGUAGCUCGUGACACGCCACUGCAAGGCAGCUUGAGUCUAUCUAGCUCAGUGGGAGUAAAUUAUGGCAGUACGCCUGAUCUUCUAGGAGAUGCUGCGAGUGCGCAGAUCGAGUGGAAGCCGCUUCUUCCUCAACGAUGA